GCAUCUCAUUCAAACGCCAUGCAGUGAGCCGAAUGGAUGCACAGCUUGUGAACUCUGUGUACCGCAUUCUGCGCUUCAGCGGACGGACAUUACAGCCAAAUGAGUGACGGAGGGAGUGAACAAACUAAUUAGACCUCAGAGUCGUCAUGCAGUUCCUAACACAGAGGUCCGAGCGUUUCGGGUCAGACAUCACUGAGACUUUAGCGUAAUGCGCCGCUGUGGAUUUCUCCAAGAGAGCAGCUGAAGUGCUUUUUCCGCUCUCAUUUUUAUUUCGACUGAAUGUUCCAACAAGAAUGUCCUUUGUUUAGAAACUGUAUACUUAUGCCAUAAAGAAAAGCGCAAGUCUUGUUGGAAGCCGGACAAAUGGCUUUUGUUGUCAUAGGAACCCUGUUACUGAUGCUCUCUAACGUCUAUAGCGCUUCAGGGUCCCGUCCACGUUUGGAUGAUGUUCCCCCCAGGAUAGUGGAGGAUCCCUCUGAUCUGAUUGUGUCAAAGGGUGAGCCAGCCACCCUGAACUGCAAGGCAGAGGGUCGGCCCACGCCUACGGUGGAGUGGUAUAAAGAUGGCGAGCAUGUUGAAACUGAUAAGGAUGACCCUCGCUCCCACCGCAUGCUGCUGCCCAGCGGCUCCCUUUUUUUCCUGCGCAUCGUUCACGGACGCCGCAGCAAACCUGACGAGGGGGUUUACACAUGCAUUGCCCGCAAUUACCUAGGAGAAGCCGUUAGCCGAAACACCUCACUGGAAGUAGCCAUUCUCAGGGAUGAUUUCCGCCAGCCUCCCAAUGAUGUGGUGGUGGCAGCAGGAGAACCUGCUGUGCUGGAGUGCGUCCCUCCCAGGGGUCACCCCGAGCCUACCGUUUCCUGGAAGAGGAACAAUGUUCGUGUCAAUGACAAGGACGGCAGGAUCUCUAUGCGUGGUGGUAAGCUGAUGAUUUCUCACACCUGGAAAAGUGACGCAGGCAUGUACGUAUGCGUAGGCACCAAUAUGGUGGGCGAGAGAGACAGUGAUCCAGCCGAACUCGUUGUGUUUGAGAGGCCAGUGUUCAUCCGCAGACCUGUGAAUCAGAUCGUUUUGGCUGAGGAGACUGUUGACUUCUUAUGUGAGGUUCAUGGAGACCCGGCUCCGACUGUCCGCUGGAGCAGAGACGAAGGAGAACUACCGCGGGGGAGAUUUGAGAUCCGUGGUGACAACACCCUGCGUCUGAUAAGGGUCAGAGCAGAGGACGAGGGCACUUACACGUGUGUCACAGAAAACAGCGUGGGCAAAACCGAAGCAUCCGCUGUGCUGCAGGUCCACGUGCCCCCACAGAUUGACGUACGUCCCCAGGAUCAAGCAGUUGCCCAAAGACGAACCGUCACUUUUCAGUGUGGCACCCAGGGAAACCCUCCUCCUGCAGUUUUCUGGCAGAAAGAAGGGAGUCAGAUGCUGCUUUUCCCUGGCCAACCUCCUUCCCAGUUGGGCCGUUAUUCUGUGUCCAUGAGCGGAGAGCUGUCCAUCUCUGAUGUUCACUCUGAGGACUCCGGCUACUAUAUCUGCCAGGCGAUCAGUGUGGCAGGAAGUGUCCUCGCCAAGGCUCUGCUGGAAGUGAAAACUGGCCCAUCAGAUCUCGUCCCACCAAUUAUCCGACAGGGCCCAGCCAACCAGACGCUCGCUUUAGGCUCCAGCGCCCUACUCCAGUGCCAUGUGAUGGGCAGGCCAAUCCCCAGUGUCAGGUGGGAGAAGGAUGGGCAAAGCAUUCUGAGCGAUGACAUUCACAUAAGCCUAAUGGAAAACGGCACUUUACACAUCAGCGGCUUGAAGGAGACCGACUCAGGGACGUACACCUGUGUCGCAUCCAGUUCCACUGGUGAGACGAGUUGGAGUGGGACUGUGACAGUGAAAGCGACUGGAACGUCCUCCGUGCCACGGGUCUCGCAGUCCCUGCAGCUGCCUGGUCCUCCUCAGAAGCCCAUGGUGACAGAUGUGACCUCAAAUAGUGUCACUCUCACUUGGCAGCCCAACCCACAUGAGGGCGGAGCUGCUGUCACUUCCUAUAUCAUCGAGGCUUUCAGUCAGUCAGUGGGCAGCACAUGGCAGACUGUAGCUGAUCUCGUGAGGCUGGAGAAGCAUACAGUGUCUGGACUUUACCCCAACACUGUUUACCUGUUCAUCAUCCGAGCAGUCAACUCCUUUGGGCUGAGUGACCCCAGCCCCAUCUCAGAGCCAGUCCGAACACAAGAUGGUCCCGAAGGUCAGGGAAAAGACCAAGCACAUGUGCAGAUGGAUUUAGGAGGGGUCAGGGUUCGUCUGCAGACACCCAAAGUCUUGAGCCCUACAAGCGUUCAAAUCACAUGGACUCUUUACCAGCACCCUCGCUAUAUUGAAGGCUACAGGCUGUACUACAGGCCUGUGGGGAGCGUGUGGAUGAUCCAGGACAUAAAAGCAGGUCCCCUACACACUGCUGUUCUAACAGAGCUACACAGAGGAAAAGAAUACGAGUUCAAAAUGAGACCGUAUUAUAAUGAGUUUCAGGGGAUUGACAGUGAAAUAGCUGUGGUUCGCACUCCUGAUGAAGUGCUGAGCGGCCCUCCUCAGGGAGUCAGCGUGGUGCAGUUAAGUAACAGUUCAAUCGUGCGAGUGUCCUGGCAGCCUCCUCCCCCUGAUGUGCCAGAAGAGCUCAUACUAGAAUACAGGGUGUGGUGUGCAGGAAACGAGUCUCAGCAGAUGAUCAACAGGAGCGUGGAUGGGGAUAUGCUGUGGGUGAUGUUGGAUGGGCUGUUGCCCGAGUCAAUGUAUAGCGUGCAGGUUGCAGCAGUCACAAGUGCAGGAGUGGGCGCUCAUAGCCAACCUGUGCUCAUCUUCCUGAAAAUAGCAAUAGAUCAGUCCUUGUCAGUGGUGAAGGAUGACACUGUCAGCCUAUCCGAGCAGAUCACAGGGGUGGUCCGUCAACCAGCUUUCAUUGCCGGGAUUGGUGUAUCAUCCUGGAUGGUUCUAAUGGGUUUCAGUACCUGGAUCUACUGCAGACACAGGAGGAGGAAAGAACUUGGACACUAUACUACUUCCUUUGCAUAUACGCCCGCAGUUGCACUCUCUCGUGGUGAUGGCUCGGAUCUUAUAAAUGGAAGGCCAUGUUUGCUGGAGUCACAUUUGGGUAACUACCCUUGGCUGGCUGACUCGUGGCCUACCAGCAACUUCUCUCCAAAUGGAAAAGAUUCAGUCAACUGCUGUGCAGGCAGACUUGAUUCCACAGAUCAAUACUACAACACUUCAGGAUUAUCGAAUUAUCUGAACCACAAUGGGAAGUACAGCCCGGCCUCUAAUGAAGGUGCCAUAUACUGUACCAUCAACCCAGCUGAUGCAGAUGGUCAUGACGUGUGCAGCCUGUACUCUCAGGGUCCAGACCCGUACACCAGCACGCCAGUCCUCUCCAAAACUGAUCUCUACAACAUGGAGCAGGACCUGGACCAGUGGAGCCUUCAGUCCAGCCACAGUGGAGCAGAAUAUGCAAAACUUCAGUAUCCAAGAGGCAAAAAUGCCAAAAUGAUGACGCAGAAGUCUCUAGGACAAAUUUCUUCACCCACUUGGUCUGAUGUGCUGUCCCUUCAUUCAGCACAAAACAAGGAGCUUCAAAACACAGAAAAAAGACACAGGUAA